AUGUCCUAUAGAGCUUCUCACGUUGCUCAGCCUGAGGAGGAGGAUGUGCAAAACUUGGUGGUAGCGGUGGACAGAAUCAGUGCAUUGCCAAAUGAUCUUCUAGUUAGUAUAGUGUCUCUGUUGAACCUAAAGGAAGCAGCAGCUACGAGUGUUCUGUCUACUCGAUGGCGCCAUAUCUGGACCUUCGUUACCACUCUCGAUUUUCACCAUGAUGUUCUUUUCCGACUGCGUUCAUUCAGACGAGUAGAAAUAGAGUCGGAACUUGAUAGGUACUUGAAUUGGGUGAAUAGUGUAGUGAAACAACAUAGAGGCUCAACUAUCAAACUGCUCAGGGUUUAUGCCGAAAUAAAUAAUAAUCCCAAGUUUGACAGUUCCAUUUAUUCAUGGGUUCGAUUCGCAUUGGAAAACAGAGUCCAACGCUUUGAGUUGCUCAUUUAUAAAGACAGGGUUUUGCGUGGUGCAAACGAGAUCAAAGCGGAUUUUAUUACUUUUCCCCAUUCGUACCAACUUUUAAAUGUGGACAUAGCAGACCCUGUGAAUCACUUGUUCUAUAAACCUCAUAAUUGUUGUAUUAGUGCAUUCAGUGGCUCGAAGUACCUCAGAGCUUUAGAUUUCAGGUAUGUUACAGGACUUACUGAACGAGUUCUGGAGUUCUUAUUGUCUCACUGCCCUGUUCUUGAGCGAUUAACAGUGGUUGGCCAUGUGAGGUUGCAUAGUUUUAAAGUCACCGGUCCAUCGAUUGUCUUGAAAUACUUAAACAUACAUGAACAUUCCGGUCUUGCGAGCAUUGAGAUUUGUGAUGUAAACCUUGUUUCGUUUAGUUAUGGUGGGGAGGAGAUUAAGUUGCUGCUUAGGAAUGUGCCACAGCUUGUUGAGGUCUCCAUUUCUUCCCGUCGACUUUCAGUUGGACAGUGUGAUUCUCAGCUUUCUCAGCUAGAGGUUUUCAGACUGAGCAAAUUUGUGCUAAACAAUGAUGAACAUGUAUUUCCUACAUAUGUAAAUCUCAAGCAUUUGGAACUAGGAUUGAAGGAACGUGACCAUAGCUGUCUUCUUCAACUGGCUUCUUUCAUGAGAGCAUCUCCUUAUUUGCACAAACUUGUAUUGAAGUUGUCUGCGACUAUCUCUUCAUGUUAUUUUGGAGAUUUGGAGAUUAAGCAAGCUCCCAAACACUCCCGUCAAUACCUUAGGGUAGUGGAAGUGGCAGGGUAUCAUGGUCGUAUCAGCGAUUUCGAACUUGUCAGAUACUUGAUAGAGAAUGCUGUUGAACUAGAAAAACUUGUUAUCCAUCCUGUUCGAGGGUGGUAUUCUUAUAACAGCAGAAGUAUUGCGGAGAGGAAAGAAAAGAAGGAAAGAAAACAAGCUACUCAGCAGCUUAAAGAACUAGUACUGCCUUCUACUUUUGAAUUCAUAUGCAGGCUGUAG